AAUAUGGGUUCGCAAAUUCGAAUAUGUCUAAUGCUAUGAUGACAGCCCAACAGCGGCGACCUAUCGGUAUAGCUAUUGGUGAUAUACCACCAAUGCAAAAUAUGCAUCAGCAGCAACAAGAACAACAUAAUAGUGAGCCAAACAUGAAUCCUAACAUAUCAGCCCAACCAGUUAUGAUGCCUGGUGGGGCAACGACCAUGGUUUCAGCGCCGAUGGUUUUGAUGGCACCAUCGUCAGUCACUCAGACUCCCAUGGUGUCGUCCCAGCAGCAUCCUCAGAAGCAACAACAAUACUCUCCAGUGCCAGCAAAUGCUCCUCAAGUGUCAGCACCUAGCGCAGCAGUUACCUCUGUCGCGCAACCGGCAGGAUCGGCCGGUGGUGCAGGAGCAGCUAGCGCGGCAGCAACUGCCGAUCCCGAGAAAAGAAAGCUGAUCCAGCAGCAACUUGUGCUUCUCCUCCACGCUCACAAGUGCCAGCGAAGAGAGAACCAGGCCAAUGGAGAGUGCACUCUUCCACACUGCCGGACGAUGAAAAACGUUUUGAACCACAUGACGACGUGCCAGGCCGGAAAAUCAUGUCAAGUACCUCAUUGCUCGUCCUCGCGGCAAAUCAUUUCUCACUGGAAAAAUUGCAACCGUUCCGACUGCCCCGUCUGCUUGCCUCUCAAACAAGCAGAUCGGAAUAAAGCUCCUCAUAACAAUUCACAACCAAGUCCAGCGGGUUUUGAUGUUGGCUUGGGUUCGAACUCAACUGGUGGUUCUUCGGUGACCCCUGAUCAAAGUGUCUUACCGGCGCACAACCAAAGCGCUGCUGUUGGAGCAGUUCAGGUUCCAUCUAUAACUGCGCGUAGAUUGGCUAGGCCCAGAUUACGACAGAGGCAGCAGAAUUCAAUAGUUCCUAUGAACAGCGCCCAGUUAGCUGAAGACAAUCCUCCAUCAGCGAUUUCUGCAAGCCAACCUGUUCUUCCUGGUACCUUGAAUCGUGGCCCGGUUCUAAACACGGGACUGCAGUCUCAGCAGCAGGCCUCUGGUCCUACCGGGGCUGGUCCCAGGAAUAUUAGGGAUGCUAUCUCCGACAACGCUUCCAACAUUGAGCAUAUUAUGAGUCCAGUUAACUCAACAACUCCUUUGCCCGGAGGAUUGCAACUAAGCCAGGUCACUGCCGACUCUGUUCAGGGAUCGAAAGAAUGGCAUCAGUCCAUGUUGCCUAAGCGGAAGGAGCAACAACAAGCUCAGCAAACACCAACGUCAACACCGACAACGCCUUUGCAGCAGCAGGCUCCAUCUGCCCUGACACAUCUUCCACCUGGUCAGCAGGUACCUCCGCCCCAGCAUCAUCAACAGCAGCCUGUACCGCCGAGCAACAAUGCAGGUUUGAGACCUAAUAUGCCAGGGACUGGGGAGUCUGGGCAAGGACCACGAGGAAUCGCGCCAACUAGUGGGAUGAUGAUGCGCAAUCCAGCCCCCAGUCCAGUGGGGACAGAACAGUCUUCCCGUGACCAAGAACAACAUAGAAGUGAGCGCAGGACUCCAAACGGAAUGCCAUCAACCAAUUCGCAACAAGAAAUAAAGCCAAGUGGCGGUUUCGGAGGUGGCAACUCGGAUUCUUCUGGAACGAUGCCGGGUCUGUCUGGCAGUGCCAGCAAUACCUCAUCAGCUGUUGCCAUCCCACCAAUUGUCCGACCGAAGAAGGCGGGCAAAAUCAUCUUCUCACCUGACGAACUUCGCCAGGCAUUGAUGCCCACUUUAGAGAAAUUGUAUCGUCAAGAUCCUGAUUCUAUCCUAUUCCGCGAUCCGGUCGAUCCGCACAAACUUGGCAUUCCCGAUUACUUUGAUAUAAUCAAGAAACCCAUGGAUUUAGCUACCAUCCGGCGAAAGAUUGACAAUGGUCAGUACAAAAAUCCAUGGGAAUAUGUUGACGAUGUCUGGCUGAUGUUUAAUAACGCAUGGCUUUAUAACCGUAAAUCAUCACGCGUCUACCGCUGUUGCACCAAGUUAUCCAAAGUGUUUGAGCAGGAAAUCGAUCCAGUGAUGCAAUCUCUGGGCUACUGUUGCGGCAGAAAGUACGCAUUCAAUCCGCAGGUAUUGUGCUGUUACGGUAAGCAGCUCUGCUCGAUCCCGCGCGACGCCAAGUACUUUAGCUACCACCGCUACACGUACUGCCUCAAGUGCUUCAACGACAUUCCCGGCGACACGGUUUCCCUCGGCGACGAUCCCACCCAGCCGCCGACGGUCAUCCGCAAGGAGCAGUUUACCGAGCUGAAGAACGACGCUUUGGACCUGGAGCCGUUUGUCGACUGCCAGGAGUGCGGCCGGAAGUUGCACCAGAUUUGCGUCCUCCACAUGGACUGCAUCUGGCCGCAGGGUUUCACGUGCGACAACUGUCUCAAGUCGCGCGGCGAAAAGCGCAAGGAGAACAAGUACGGCGCCAAGCGGUUGCCCACCACCAAACUGUCGACGUUCAUCGAAAAUCGAGUCAACAGUUUCUUGAAGAAGAAGGAGGCAGGUGCCGGUGAGGUGACGAUUCGAGUCGUCGCCUCAGCUGGCAAGAUCACCGAAGUCAAACCAGGCAUGAAAAGUCGUUUCGCUGACAACGGAGAAAUGUGCGAAACAUUCCCUUACAGAGCGAAGGCUCUGUUUGCCUUCGAGGAAAUUGAUGGCACGGACGUCUGUUUCUUCGGUAUGCAUGUGCAAGAGUACGGUUCGGAUAGCCCUAGUCCCAAUACUCGACGCGUCUAUUUAGCCUACCUCGAUUCGGUCCACUUUUUCCAGCCGAAACAAUUUCGUACGGCCGUCUACCACGAGAUCCUGCUCGGCUACCUCGACUACGUCAAGCAGCUGGGCUACUGCAUGGCUCACAUUUGGGCUUGUCCGCCCUCUGAGGGCGACGACUACAUCUUCCACUGCCAUCCGCCCGACCAGCGGAUCCCUAAGCCGAAACAACUGCAAGACUGGUAUAAAAAGAUGCUGGAUCGUGGUAUCACUGAACAGAUCGUUCUCGAAAACAACGACAUCCUCAAACAAUCCAAGAACGAUAAUUUGAAAUCAGCUGCAGAACUUCCCUAUUUUGAAGGAGAUUUUUGGCCGAACGUUCUAGAGGAAAGCAUUCAAGAAAUAGAAGAAAAGAGGCGGAAGCAGAAGUCCAACAAAGCCAAGGCGAACAACCGGAAAAACAACAAGAAAUCCAAUGCCCCGCAGACGGACAAUGACCUCUGGACCAAAAUCUUCACUACCAUGAAGAAGCAGAAAGAGGUAUUCUUUGUUAUCAGGUUGCAAACGGUGCAAGCGGCUGCUUCAUUAGGACCGGUUGUCGAUCCCGAUCCGCUCAUCCAGUGCGACUUGAUGGAUGGUCGUGAUGCAUUUUUGGCUCUGGCUCGCGACAAGCACUAUGAGUUUUCCUCUUUGCGCCGCUGCAAAUACUCGUCCAUGGCCAUGUUGUACAACCUGCACAACCAAGGAACGGACAGCUUCGUCUACACUUGCAACGAUUGCAAAUCGCAAGUGGAGACUAGAUUCCAUUGCACUGUCUGCGACGACUUCGAUCUGUGCGUUCCGUGCUACGAGAAGGAUGGCCAUCACCACAAAAUGGAGAAAUUGGGAUUUGACCUGGACGAUGGUUCCAAACAGGCCAACCCGCCAGAAGCGGGCGGAAAAUUGCCCACGCAACGCUGUAUACAGCACGCCAAGCACUGUACCGAGACCAAAUGCAUGGUGCCAUUUUGUCUCAACAUCAGGCAGCAGCAUCAGCAUGCGCAUUUCCACAAGAGAAGAAUGGCUUGCCUCCAACUGUUGCAAUUGCUCAAACCACCGAGCAGUCCUCAACUGCAACAGCAAGUUGUACAAAUUCUACGUAGCAAUCCGCAGUUGAUGGCAGACAUUAUUAAACAGCACGCAGUACUCCAACAGCAGCAUCCUCAACAACAGCAGCAAUCUGUUGGUGGCAUGGGUGCCGUCAACCCGGCGAUGGUGAUGCCUCCUCCGCAGAUGAUGCAACAUCCAAGGCCGCCAAUGAACAUGCAACCUGGUGGCAUGCCUGGGAACACGGUCGGUGCUGGAAUGCAAGUGAAUCAAGUCGUCGGCGGACCUUCUGGGCCGAACGCUAUGAGUGGCAUGGGCGGCAAUGGCGGUAUGCCCAUCAACAAUAUGCAGGGAAAUCGUAUGGGCAUGGGGGGCGAGCAACAGUGGGGAGGUCCUCGCUUUGCUGGUCCAGCACAAGGGGGUGCGGUCCCCAAUCAAGUAAUGGGUCAACAACAACAAAUGCGACCUAUGGCACCAAACAAUAUGAUUGGAGCUCAACAACAACAACAGCCAGGCCAAGCGUCACCGGCCAUGUCAAUGGGCAACUCUCAAGGAGGAAUGAUGGGUCCUGGAGGUGGAGUCGCAGGCGUAGGGCCUAAUGUUGCGCAACAACAGCAACAGGUGAACGCCGUUCAACAACAACCUCAGGCGCAGUUGCAGCCAGGCAUUCUAACGCAGAUACCUGUAGGUGCCGGCGGAAUAACUGUACCAGGAGGAGCUCAGCGUCCAUUGCCGCAAGCCCUCCACCAACUGUUGCAAACGCUCAAACCACCGAGCAGUCCUCAACUGGAACAGCAAGUUGUACAAAUUCUACGUAGCAAUCCGCAGUUGAUGGCAGACAUUAUUAAACAGCACGCAGUACUCCAACAGCAGCAUCCUCAACAACAGCAGCAAUCUGUUGGUGGCAUGGGAGCCGUGAAUGCGGCGAUGGUGAUGCUUCCUCCUCAGAUGAUGCAGCAUACUCGCCCUAUGAACAUGCAACCUGGUGGCAUGCCUGGGAACAUGGUCGGUGCUGGAAUGCAAGUGAAUCAAGUCGUCGGCGGACCUUCUGGGCCGAACGCUAUGAGUGGCAUGGGCGGCAAUGGCGGUAUGCCCAUCAACAAUAUGCAGGGAAAUCGUAUGGGCAUGGGGGGCGAGCAACAGUGGGGAGGUCCUCGCUUUGCUGGUCCAGCACAAGGGGGUGCGGUCCCCAAUCAAGUAAUGGGUCAACAACAACAAAUGCGACCUAUGGCACCAAACAAUAUGAUUGGAGCUCAACAACAACAACAGCCAGGCCAAGCGUCACCGGCCAUGUCAAUGGGCAACUCUCAAGGAGGAAUGAUGGGUCCUGGAGGUGGAGUCGCAGGCGUAGGGCCUAAUGUUGCGCAACAACAGCAACAGGUGAACGCCGUUCAACAACAACCUCAGGCGCAGUUGCAGCCAGGCAUUCUAAUGCAGAUACCUGUAGGUGCCGUCGGAAUAACUGUACCAGGAGGAGCUCAGCGUCCAUUGCCGCAAGCCCUCCACCAACUGGUGCAAACGCUCAAAUCACCGAGCACGCCACAACAGUAUCAGCAAGUUGUGCAAAUUCUGCGUAGCAAUCCCCAGCUAAUGGCAGCCUUCAUUAAACAGCGCUCUGUACUCCAACAGCAGCAGCAACAAAAUCAGAACCAGCAGCCUCAGCAGGGCCAACAACAAGUGCCCAACCAACAGGGGCAGCAAGGUUCCAUACCCAAUAACAUGCAGGCAAUGGCUCAACUGGGAAUUCAAGCAGCCAUGCAAAAUACUGUUACGUUCCAGUCUAAUUACUUGUCUUUAUGACUUAGCAUAUAAGUCCUUAAACAGACAUAUCUAGAUUACAUAAGCUUAGUAACAAUUGGCGAGUAUAGUCGGACGUCUUUACCAACGUCCUACUCUAUCAAACUUGGUCUCCGGUACCACGAACAGGUACCACCAAGAAACAUACCCAGGUCGUCCGUACCAACAACAUACAUACCCGGACGACCUGUACAAACAACAUAACACGAUCCACCAGACCGUCCGUCCCAACGACAUAAAUACCCGGACGGUCUGAAUACUAACACAAUACAAUAGAAUAAUAGUAACGAAGGACAACGUUGGUAUGAAGGCAGGUGCCGGCGAAAUAGCUGUACCAAGAGGAGCUGAGUGUCCAUUGCUGCAACCACUCUACGAACCGUUUCAGAUGCUCAAAUUACAGAACACGCCGGAACAGCAGCAGCAACAACAACAGCAGGG